AUAAGAGUAAGAAUAAGAAGAAGAGGAAGAACAAACAAUAAUAAUAGUAAAAUCGAUAAAAACCAAAAAGGAAGAAAAACAACAACAGGGCUUCUAGUAGUAGUAGUAGUAGUACCACUCAUCUCAAUUUCAACCUCCUUCAUAUUCCUUUCUUUUUUUUUGCCUUUCUUCUUAAUUAAAAUCUUGUUUUUUUUUGUUGUAAAUGAAAAGAAAAAAAAAAUCGAAACUUGAGGAUUCUACAGCGAAUCGCGUGCUUAUGUGUGUUUCUGCCGUUGAUGUGUUUAUCAAAGCUUUUUUUCUUUUUAUUAUAUAAAUCAAGUUAAUUUAAAACUAAAUUAAUACAACAACUCUUGAAGGGCUUUAACGUGCUUUUGGUCUCGUGUUCGUGUUGUUGUCUUUCAGAUCCGCAGGCUGGUUGCAUGAUUAUCAUAUCCCCCAGAUUUUUUUUUUGAGGAACCACUUGUGUUGAGAAGGAAUCGAAAGAACCUUUACGAGGAAGCUUUGACUCGAAAUCUCUCUGAAGAAGAAGAGGAGAGACGAAACUGUUGGCUUAGUUUCCGACGCCGGGAACGUCGGAACUCCGGUGAACAGAGAAUGGGGCUGCAUUUGGCUGCUCUGUUUUUCAUCAUUUCACCACUCUUCGUUUUCUCCUCUCAAGUCCAGCAGCAGAUCGGUUCUAAUCAGAACUUGAUCAAUGAUCUGGACUCAGCUAAGCUCAGAAUAUCUCAAUUGGAAGCUGUUCUUGAGGCGACAAUACAGAAGUUGGAUGGUAAGACCCUUUACUUGAAAGAGCGUGAGAAGUUGAUCCAAGUUGCUGAAACUCAGAUCCUUGAUUUGCAGUCUGCUUCAUACAUUGACAAGAGCGGCUUACCUUUGGUUCAAAAGAGGAUAAGCGAGUUAGAAGAAGAGGUGAAACUUCUAUGGGCUGCCUUGAGAACAACCAACUUCGAGCUACACGUUUUAGAGGAUAAAGCAAGAGAAGCUAAGAAUAAACUUAAAGCUAAGGCUUUGGAAGUUGAACAGAUGACAGAAGUUGUUACGGAGCAGUGGAUUCAGGUUCAACAUCUUGAGCAGAUGAGAGAAUUCAAUAACCGAAGGCAUCACACACCUAGCAGAUGCCCGUUCGUGAAGCUCAUGAGCGAUAUCCAAAGAAAACAUCUGCCCAAAGUUGAUGAAGCAUUUGACAUUCACUGGAAGGGAAAGAAGGUUCUCUCUGUGCAACCGUAUCUCACAAAAGCCCUGUCACAGUUAAAAAGCCUCUGGGCAGCUGUUACCAAAUAUCACCACCAGUUGCAAGGCUUCAUCGAGCAUGAGAUGGAAAGAACCGAGAUCACAGCGGCUCUCGCAAACAGAGAAGUGGUGUUUUUCAUGGCAUCUGCACUAAUUACCUUCCCAGUGUUUGGAGCAUGGAUGUUACUCUCUUCCUAGUUUGGUUUCUGGAUGACAUGUUCAACCGAUGCAUCAGCAAUGUUCAGAUUGGUUUUGCUUCUCAUUGCUCAAGAAAUUGUCUAGUUUUAAGCUUUGAGAUCCGUAGGAUAAUCCUAGUAGGAUCAAUUACAUCCGUGAACAAACCAAAAUCCGGUUACUCUGUGGUUUAAAGUUUAAACCAGUUAUUAUGGGGCAAGGUGCACAGUUGUAUCCAAGUUCAAUUGUUGGAAAUUGAAUUUGUUAUUGAAAAAAGAGACAAAACCAAAGACAUGCAGACAAAAGUCAAGUCCUUGUUCGUUGUUUUACCGUUAGAUGUUUGUCGUAAGUAGGAGUAGCCUUUGUAUGGUUUAACGUGAGAUGAUUUUACUACAUGUAGUGUAGUGAAAGUUUAUAUAUACAAGACCACAUUAUUGG